AUGUUCAUGCUUUGCGGUGUGAUAGUCGGAUAUAGUAUUCAAGUUUACAUCGUAAUUACAUCUGCAGCUUUGAAGAAAACUGCCAUAUCAAAGUUUGAACGUCGUGGAGGCAAGAUGAUCGUUGUGAAAUGCUUGAUAAUAUGCGUCCUAAAUUUUGCUUCGCUUCACAUGGCAUUCGGCGCUCACGAAGUGAAGGGAGUAUGCUUGCCUGGUAUGAGACAUAAGCCAAAACCAACCCCAGAAGAGGAGUCGUAUAAAGCCUGUCACGUUUUCAAAAACAGUUCGUGUUGUACGUCUGAAUUCACCAACCAGCUAGCGCCCCAAGUGGUUCAAAAGAUUGGGAACUUUUCGUGGAAUUUAUGUGGCCGUAAUCUAAGUCAACCAUGUCAAGAAUAUAUGGUAGGGGUCGAAUGUUUUUACAGUUGUUCACCAUAUGUAGGGCUCUGGGCAGACCGCACGAAGAAGGGAUCUUUCAACAAUGUUCCCGUGUGCUCGGGCUACUGCGAUGAGUGGUACGAUGCUUGCAGAGACGAGUUAGCAUGCGCCAAGAAUUGGAUUCGUGAUUUCAACUACACUUCGGAGGGGCACAACGUUUGUAAGCGGACCUGUACGAGUUUCAAAGAGUUGUACAAAGACGGCAAGGAUUUAUGCGAAAGCAUGUGGGAUGAUUCGUUCAAGUAUACCGACGAAACGAAGAAUAAGGACCGGUGCUUGCAUUUUCGAUACAAUUCCGCGUUGGUUGAUUCUAACAAAGUUGUGGUACAGAAUAUCUUUGGUCAUUCAGGAUCGCAUGCAGCGCAAGGAAGUUUUCUUGGAGUUGUUUUAGUUACAUCAUUCUAUGUAUUUUAUCUUCAAUAG